CAGAAUGUAGUUAAAUAGUGUAAGAAGUAAGAGGUAGUUCCUGGAACUUCUAAUCCCUGGUCCUGGUGAUCACCUGCUCCUGCACAUAAAAACAGCACUGGAACUAAAACUAGUAUUACCUGAGACUGUCGAACAUUGGAUUUGGUGAGAAUAGUAUUGUCUUUUACCAUCUAUGGCGGUUAAAAAAAAGAUGACAUUAUCACCUGAUUGGACAAACCUGACCCUCCACCUGCAGGAUUCAUUAACUCAUGCUCUGAAUGAUUUCCUGAAGCAAUGGAAAUGGAAUAACACUCAGGCUGAACGUUACCUAAAUGGGCGACUGGCUGAAGAAAACUUUGACAACGUUAUCUGGUACCUAGUUGUAAUGAUCGGGAUAUUUGCCUUUAUUGUGGUGGCUAUUCUAAUCAGCACAGUGAAGUCCAAACGCAGAGAGCACUCCAAUGACCCCUAUCAUAAGUACAUUGAAGGAGAAUGGAGCUCCCAACCUCAGAUUCAGGCAUACAACCAGAGCUACGUCAUUUCCAACCCAAGCGCCAGAACCUUUAGUGGACCCUGUUCACCCUGACCUUCACAUUCUGCUUGAAGGACCCACAGAGAAUGAUGCAUCAUGAUUACUGUGAUUGUAUAAAUGUCAUAAUUGUAUUAAGCAUUAAGUUAAAGGGUGAAAAAUAUGGUAAUGGUUAAAUAAUGUACAAUAAUGCACAAUUCAUGCUGACAUUCCUAUAUUCUUUCCUAUAAUAAACUUCCAAAAAUCA